AUGAUGAAAUAUUUAAGUAACAAACGACAGUCACAUCGAAAGAAAGGCCAGAGUUCCAAAUCUGAAAGCCGUGAUUUCGAGUCACAGACGGCCGAAGAAAAAAUCAUCAAUAGCAUCAAAUUACAGAAGGAACUGAUUGAUACAAUUCGUUUUCAGCCUUGGAAUAUUCACAAGAAACUAAAAUACCUCAGGAAAGCUAAAGCUUAUGUUAAAGGCCACGAAAGUAGCCUUUCCAGACGCCAAGAUUUCCAGCGGAUGGGCUUCGAUGUGAUUUCUAUGUUUAUUCCUUGGGAAAUGCAAAUAAAACGAGUGGAAGGCCAUUUUGGAUCAGUGGUGGCGUCAUAUUUCCUCUUCCUUCGAUGGUUGCUGUGGGUCAAUACUAUUCUGACACUGUUAACAGUAGCUUUCAUUAUUCUACCUCAGGUCAUAGCAGGAGAGAAGCAAGCGAUACCAGCAAACGAAGUAGCCAAGGCUGGAGAUCUUGAUACACUUAUAGCAGCAGAGGGAAUCGUGAAAUAUUCUGUGCUCUUCUAUGGCUUUUACCAAGAUACUGCGACAAGGAGCGGUUACGAAAUACCAGUCGCUUACCUUCUUACAGGUUUGGCUACAUAUCUGCUCAGUAUCAUUAUCGUCCUUCACAAUCAAAACUGCAAGGUUGUUGCUAACGACCAUGAUGCUUGCAACUUUAGGUUGGCUACCAAUGCAAGACUCAACAAAACGGCGACCAAAGACGAAAUGUUCUCCUUCUCAUGGAAAUUGUUCAGCAGCUGGGAUUAUCUGGUGGGUAACCCGGACACAGCAAACAACAAGUAUGCAGCCAUUAUUACCACAUUCAAAGAGUCGAUUCGCGAAGUCGAAGAAAAAGAGAAAGUGGAGAAAAAGAAGCUGUUGAUUUUUCUCCGAUGCCUGGGUGUCAUUUUCAGUCUCCUUCUUUACGGACUCAGUGGCUAUCUCACUUACUACAUCGUCACUACUUCGGAGAAUAAUCCAGACAUUGAGAAAUCCUAUUUCGAAGCUAAUGCGACAACAUGGGUCAUAACGGUAAUUUUCUUAGUUUUUCCAAAUUUCUUUGACCUGAUAACAAGAAUGGAACAGUAUCAUCCACGUACAAACCUUAGAGCACAAUUAGCAAGAUCAAAUGCCAACACAAGAGAUGAAAAGAAAUUCAGUCUUCGUCAUCAAAUGUGCGAGUCACAACGAUUUAGAACUUUCCAAAUUUCUAAACGUAGCAAAAACUUUUACACAAAAGGUUCAAGUGCAAGACAUAUACUGACGUCAAUUGACUGCCAACCAAAGAGCCAGGCGGUAUCUGGUAAUUCCUCUUCGUCCAAAGAUGGUGCUGCAACCACCAGAAACACUUCGGUUCAAUCGAGUCAGAAUUGCACACAAGGUUUGAAAUGUUGGGAAAAUUACGUUGGCCAGGAGGUUAUAAAACUGACAGAGCUCGACUUAGCAAUGACAAUUAUCCUAAUAUUAAUACAAGAUUUCCUGCGAGGACUUUGGGUGAGGUUCUGUAACAAGUGCUGGUGUUGGAAUUUGGAAAAAACUUUCCCAGAAUAUCCAGAAUUUAAGACAGCCGAGAACAUUCUGCACCUGAUUAAUAACCAAGGUAUGAUAUGGUUAGGAUGGUUUUUCUCGCCUGGUUUGUGCUUAAUGAACCUUGUUAAACUCAUCAUUCUGGCUUAUAUUCGAUUUUGGUCAGUUCUUGUCUGCAAUGUUCCGGAAAAAAGAAUAUUCCGAGCAUCCCGCUCCAAUAACUUCUACUAUGUGCUCCUUCUGUUCAUGUUGCUUAUCUGUUGCAUUCCUCCAAUGUUGGCCGUUUUCAACAGCCAUUCCCACGACUGUGGGCCUUUCAGGAGCCAGGAAGAUGUAAUGGAUGUCCUCGAGAAGCAAUCAGCCUUUUUUGCAUUCAUCAUGAAAUAUGCUAAAAACCCAGCAACAUCCUUCAUAUUACUCGGUGCUCUCAGCAUGAUUAUUUACUAUCUCUGGUCUAUUUCACGGUCACUUAAAGAAAACAAUGCUGAACUGAAGAACACGCUUGACUAUGAACGAACAGAAGGUAAAAAGAAGGUUUAUGCCAUGGCAGAUGCCAGGAGAGCUCAAACAGGUGAAUCCUCCAACGUAACUGAAGGCUCUGGCAGAGAAACAACCCCUGGUAAAGAGAUAACAGUUGAUAGAGAGACGCUGGAAGCAACUCCUAAUGAAAAAUGUGACAGUGAUGCAACAAAAUUGACUAAAAUUAAGAGAACUUCAAAAAAUGUUUUGAUUUCUGGAAAUGUGGAACGGAAACAAGCAUUUACACCAGGUGAUACCAAACGAAAGCAGAGGUGGGCACCUAAAGGUAAAUCCCCUGCACCUCUUGUCCUAUCACCAACCUCAGCUUCAACAUUAGUUUCACCCACAGCCAGAUCACCAACUGCCAGAGCCAAAACACUGAAUCCACCAACAGCUAACACAAAAAUGGGAUCCAGCAUCAUUUCUAAGAAACCACCAUCAUUGCCCAGUGUUCUGAACAAGAAGGUCAACCAUGGAAGAGGCUUCAGCAGUAAAUAUACUUCAAUGCUCCAUGCUGACAGAGAAGCACAACGACUCAAGUAUGAGACGCAUUUAGAUGAGAUCAAGUUGGCCAAGCUGAAGAAGUUUCAACUGAACAGAGAAAUCCGACAUGUUGAAAAUGAAAUCUUACAAUGGACGGUCAAUUCAAGUGAUGAGAUCCCUACCGAAGAUGGACAGUUUGAUUCCUCACUUCACCAUUCUUUACAACAGAGAAAUAAUCGUUCCGAAAGUAAUGGAAGCAUCACUGAAAUGGCAGUCAAUGCUGUUGCCUCAUCUUCAUCUGAAAGUAACUUUGGUCGGACUGCAAACAGUGGUACCAGAAGGCCAACUGACCGUUUGAGAAAGCGAAGCAGAGCAAUGUUAACAAAGAGAAAACCUGUCGGCUAUAGUGGUGGCAGCAGCAACAGACCGAAAUCCCAUGUGGAUCAUCAGUUUGAAUCAAAUAUAGAUCAGCACAAAUCACACGUUGAUCAAACUAGACCAGAAAUUGAUCCAGCCAGAUCAUAUUUUGAACAAGCUGAAUCAUAUAGUGAUCAAGCUGGAUCAAAUAUUGAUCAGUCUGAAUCCUAUAUUGAUCAGAACAGAUCAGAUAUUGAUAUGACAAAAUCAUAUUUUCAUAAACCAGGAUCAAAUUCUGAUCAGUCAAAAUUCAUUAUUGAUCAGAACAGAUCAGAGAUUGAUCCAAUGAGAUCAUAUUUUGAUCAACCUAGAUCAUAUAUUGGUAAGCCUGGAUCAAAUACCAGUCACCCUGAAUCGUAUAUUGAUCAGCCUAGUUCAUAUAUCGAUCAGCCUGGUUCAUAUAUCGAUCAGCCUAGUUCAUAUAUCGAUCAGCCUAGAUCACAUAUUCUUCAAGAUGGAGCCAAUGUUGAUCAUAAUGGACCUUUUGGUGAUUGGUCUGGGUCAUUUCUUGGAGGGAGAAAAGAUGCAGAAGGGUAUGAACAAGGAGGGGGAGGAGGAGAAUAUGUAGGAAAUGACAGUUACUUAUCUAACAGCUACCAAGUUCCGACUAAGUUUGGUUUUACCAACUUUGCAUUUGAUAGAAACGGCAAAGAAGAAGAUUGAUGCUUUUCUAUAUUUUUGAGUUUUCCAUUACCAGCAUUAUACCACCACCACAACACUACCAAAAUACCACCUUCUCUAGCACCACAACACUAAUAUCAUUGGCACUAUCAUAACACCAUCUUUACCAGCACACCUACAACUUUGCAGGUACCAACAUCAUACAACACCACCAACAUCAUCAACACUACAUCACAAAUUUCAUCAUCACCACCACCAAUACCACCACAGCACCACCAACACAAUAACCAGCACACCUAAAUUAUAAACACUUUCAACAAAAGAUUCCUCCUUAAAUGUUGAACUUUUCUUCACAACAAAAUUUAUUCCAUUUUGUGAACUUUGACCUAUUUAUCAAGUAACCCAUCAAACUAAUUGCUUGCCUGCCUUUUGGUAGAGAAGCAAAUCGGCAGAGACAAUAAUAUGUUUUACUUUGACUCCAGUUGAAGGACAAACCUGCCUGUAUCACCGUCACUACUACAACAGAUCAAGCACAGUAUCAGCAGCAAUUAACAACAAGAAACCAUCAAAGCAUCCACACUAAUGAGAAGAUAACCUGACUGUCAUGUGUAUGUAACACAGCGAGAAGGUAGAUUUGACAUGGGUCAGACAGCUACCUUCUCACUUUAUUUAUUUAGAACUAAACAGUGUAACAAGCCAAACUAAAAAAUUGGUAGCUGACCAUAAAAUGUAUCAAGUAGUGUUUGAAAAUAAAAUGCUUAUCUUUUA